CAGGCCGGGCCCUCGCGAUCCCGGGGAAUCUAAAGGCGCGAGCGCAGCUGCAGGUGCGGGAGAGAAGAGGACCGGAUCCCGGGCGCGGCCCCGGGAUUGCUGCCAGCAGGGUGUGGCCCGACCUGCAGGGUCAGACACCAGGAGCAGCCUCUGUGGGAGCAUGGAAUGCCCUUCAUGCCAGCACGUCUCCAAGGAGGAAGACGCCAAGUUCUGCAGUCAGUGUGGAUGGAGACUGCUUCCUCCUGCCACUCCUGCCCCCACAGCAGAUUCUGAGAACAAUGCUUUGGUGGUGGCCCAAGAGGGAGGCCUGGAGUGUGGGGAAGAGCUGAAGGAGGAAGGGAGCUUGUGCUGUGCCCCAGAGUCAACUGAUUGGCAAGACAACCCAGACGAGCCCUGUUCUGAUGGCCCCUGGACCGUCCAGAAGGGAGUUGCAUCAGAGGUUUUUGUAGAUGCCAUAGACCACUCGUCUGAUGAGCUGGAAGCUGGUAAUUACGUUCCCAGCAAAAGAAGAAAGGAGGAUGCAGCCCCGUGUGAAGUCACUGAGGCACCUUCUACAGACUCUGAGCAGAGCAAAAAGAAGAGGAGGAGGAACAGGAAAAAGAGAAACGCUGGGAGCGCUUCCCCAGAGCUGGACUCCCUGUCCCUCUCUCCUUCCAUCCUCCAGAGUCUGAAUUCGCUUUCAAAUCCUGAGUCCCAGGACACAGUCCUACCCCAAAGCCAACUUCAGCAGGGUGGGACCGGCCAGCCCAGCCAGCCCCUGGGCACAGGCGAGGCUCCGCUGGAGGUUGAUAGCCCCUUCUUGCCGGUGCACGGGGAAAUUGGUAACAGCACCCUGCGGGAUCAGUCUGCUGGAGGACCAGGAGCAGGGUCAGGAGGCUCGGCUCAGGGCGGCCCCCCAGCCCAUGUCCAGGUGGAAGGCAAGGACCAGGACUCUGCCAUCCCCUCUGGGGCACCCCAGGAAGGGGCUGGUCCCACCACUUCGGCUUGUGAAGGCCACCCUGGGGCUAAAGAUGCUGCCCCCGAGCUUCUGUUCCCUGAGUCAGAAGGGGACAGCUCUGAGCCCAAGAUGGAACCGCAGACCGCCAGGCAGCAGGCAGAGACCCCAGCCUCUGGGGCAAUUAAAGCUACAGCUGGGCUGGAUGAUUUGGUUAAAGGGUCCAGGAAGGAAAUGAAAGAUAAGACUUCGAAAUCAGAGCCGCUAACAGCCACUCCUGCCUCCAGAAGACACGGCCAGGAAGUAGAAACCAAGGACAAGACUGUCGUUACUGGUGAGAAAGCUGGUGAGAAGGAGAGAGGGCAAGGGGAUGACCCGAAGAAGUCAGAUGGGAACAACAGAAGCUAUGCGGCCGCUGUGAAAAAGGAGAAGGAGCAAAGGAACCGGACAGCUGGCGCCCAGGAAGAGAAGGCGAGCCUGCCAAGCCCUGGAGAGGACGUCAUGGUGUACUUCCACGCCAUCCUCUCCCCGCACUUCACCUUCAACCCCGACCGCCACAAGUUAUUCAUCAAGGGCGGGAAGGAGUUCGGGCAGCCGGAGUGGAACAGGGUCGUCUGUGAGCUGCACUGUACCAGAGACUUAGGUGACUAUGGCUGUCUUGUGGAAGGCAGUGCUGUCCUUUCCAAGCAGUACCUGGACAGACCCAUCCCUUACAAGUACGUCUUCUAUAAUGCUGAGAAGGGCGACAAGGCCGCCUCACAGUACGAGUUCAUCUACAAGCGUCCGCAGAAGGCCGACCACGUCAACCGCUGCCUGUGCAUCAAGGCCUCGCUCCUGGGCUACGGAGACUGGCAUCAGUACGAUGACAUAAUUUGUAUGCGGCCUCCUGGGAGAAUGCAGAAAUUGAUGGACUAUAUAACAGACGGGACUAAGAAGCAGCUGGUGCAGGGGAGGCAGAUUGCAGCAGCCGUCAUGCUGGACAGCAUCUUCAGCAUCCUGCAGGCCUGGGACGCCGUCAACCUGAGCAGCUUCUUCACCCAGCUGCAACAGUUCUUCUUUGUCGUGCAGAAGCCCAUGAUUUACGAAGGACACGCACAGCCCUGGAGCUCUCUGCCCUACGGGGAACAGGAGGCGAAGAUCGACCUGUGGGCAUACUUGAGAAAGCAAAUGGAGCCAUUUCUGUGCAAAAACAGUGGGGACUCUCUGCCUAGAGACCAGCCAGUGAGGAGCAAGCUCAGAAUGGGCCUCAUCGUGCUUUUCUCAGUGGAAAAGUUCAGCCUCCCCUUGUCAGAGAGUGAUCAGACCCUGCUGUGUUACUUGCUUGUCCCGGAGGCCAGUUCACCAGGCGACCUUCACGCUGACCUAAGCCAGAUCCUGGGGACGUCUCAGAGGUGGCGUGAGUACCUGGUGAACCUGUGCCGCAGGCACAUCGACAGUCAGGAGUACCACUGGCUGGGUGUCCUGCCUGUUCUGCACUACUGUGUGCAGCCGUCCCCAAAGGGAAAGGACUCCAGCACUCAGCCUGAGGACACCUGGGCAGCCCUUGAAGGAAUCUCCUUCUCGCAGUUUCGGGAGAAGACAAAGGACAGGCAUAUAGCGCUUCAGUACAUGGAAGGGAAGAAGCACCUGCUGGGUGUGGACGAGCACCUCUUCCGGUCAUGGUUCAGCCUGCUCCCCCUGAGAAACCUGGCUUCCUACAUGGAGACCUUCACUGAAUACCUGAGUCUCGUUCCAGCUCACAUCCUGGACUGUUUUCUGGGGACUUCCUAUAGGCUACGAGGGCUUCGGGAAAUCUCGCAACAAAACCUGGAGGACGUGGAGAACAUCUUACAAGUGCUGCUGCACCUGCUGGACUGUUACCACUCCAGGAUCCCCGAGGAGGCCUUGCUGCAGUCCUACCCGGCCGUGUGCCUCAGACUCCACGCAGCCGUCUGCAGCCUCGCAAAGGACCCGAAGCUCUACGCGCUGCCUGCCUUGUCGGCCAAGGUCGUCUGCAGAGUUCUGACACUUCAGCCUCUGAUGGACACAGGACUGGGAAACGAAACUGGGAAGAAUUCAGUCAAAAUCGUCUUCCAGGAGACUCUUAAUGCCACUAGAACUUGGCUUCAAGAAACUUUUAAAAAGAACAUUUUCCAGAGUACAUAUUAUUCAUCUGUCUCAUUCACUUAUUCCGAGGAAAUUGAGGUCUGGAGGCAGCUGGUGGAGAUAAACUUCCCUGUGGAGUAUGGCUGGAAGGAGUCCUUGCUGGGAGACUUGGAAGGGCGGCUCAAACAGGAGCGGCCCUUCUCCCAGAUCUCUGCCUAUUGCAGCUCGCGCUGGGAUGCCGGAGGCCUGGAGGACAGCGUGACCAAGUGCUUCGAGAAGUGUGUCAUUGAAGCCGUGAGCUCAGCGUGUCAGUCUCAGACCAGCAUCCUCGAGCGAAUCUCUCAUCGUGAUUUGCGGAAAUUUGGCACCCUUGUGUCUGCGGUGAUCAGUAAGUCCUGGCCGAGAAAUGAUGGGGAGGCUGUGGAUGACUUGGACGACAUUUUAAAGCACCUGCUCACUGGGCCAGAUGUGAAGCAUCUUUUCAAACUGUAUGGAUCUGAUGAGAAGAUAUUAGCGAACAUGACAGAGGAUGGCAAGAAGCUGAUGGCCACUGCUGACUCUGUGUUCACAAAAGUUGCUGGCGACCUCGUCAGUGGGGCGGUUUUAGUUGGACAACUGGAGCUGAUUAUGAAGCACGAGAAACAGUUUCUGGACAUCUGGCAACUAAAGGAAAAAAGUCUUUCACCCCAGGAGAAAAAAUGCAACAUGAAGAAAGUUCUGGAUUGGAGAAAGAGCGAACUACUUUUCCUGCAGAGAGAGAGAGGAUACGUUGAUAGCCUCCUGAAGUUGUUUGAGAACGUGAAGCAUCUGGUACAAGUGGAUGUUGGAGAGAUAGCACAGAGACACGCAGAGGACCUCAGCAGCAAGAGAUUAAAUGAAGCCCUGACAGUGACACCACCCACCACCUCACCCCUGCAAGGCACAACACAUUACCAUUUGAGCCCCCAAAUCCAAGAAAUGGCUAAAAACAUAGACUUGCUGAAAGACAGCCACACCUUCCAGAUCUUCUGGGAAGAAGCUGCAAAGCUGCUGAGUAAGCCUGAAGAAGAAUCAGAAGGGCAACUGCUGCAGCUUGAAGAGACUUACGAUUAUCUGUAUCAUCCUUGUUACGAGAAGUUUACUCAGUUUUAUCGGGAUCUGAAAUCAGGAGAGGUCACCUUUGCAGAAAUUGAUGUUAUCUUCAAGGACUUCGUGAAUAAAUACAGCGCACUGCUUACAGAGCUCAAGACCAUGUGUUUUGUGCACAGCCAGGUCCAAAGGGAUUGGAUCCUGGAGCGAGUCGAGCAGAUCAAGGAAUACCAUAACCUGCACCAGGCUGUCCACUCAGCCAAGGUCAUCUUGAAGGUCAAAGAGGUUCUGGGACUGACCGGUGACUUCAGUGUCCUUCACACUUUAUUACACUUUACUGAGAACUUCAAUGACUUUCGCCAUGAGAAACUGGUCCUGAUCAGCCAGCAGUUUAUCCAAGCCAAGAAGUGGCUGCAGGGCAUCAGCCCGGAGCGGUGCCGAUGUCUGGAGGCACUGACCUUGAGGAAGGAGUUCAUCAGCUGGGUGCAGGAAGCGCUGGAAGGCAUCACGGAGCUGAAGGUGUUUGUGGACCUGGCCUCCAUCUCGGCGGGCGAAAAUGACAUCGAUGUGGACCGGGUGGCCUGCUUCCACGACGCCGUGCAGGGCUAUGCCCCCCUGCUGUAUAAGCUGGACUCGAAAGCAGGUUUCCUUGUGUUUAUGGAACAUCUGGAAGACCUGUGGAAGGCUCUGGACAGUGACCAGCACCUGCCUACUAAACUGCUCGAUUCUGCCAGGAACUUGGAGUGGCUGAAAACAGUGAAGGAAAGUCACGGGUCUGUAGAACUCUCGUCGCUAUCCUUGGCCACCGCCAUCAACAGCAAAGGCAUCUAUGAGAUCAAGGCCCCCAAAGGAGGCCAGAAGGUUUCCCCUGACACAGUUCUAUGCCUGAUCCUCCCAGAGGAUCACGGUGGCCGUGAGGAGCUACGGAACUACUCUUCAGAAGAGCUGAAGGAGCUUUUAAACAAACUGAUGUUGAUGUCUGGCAAGAAGGAUCAUAGCAACGCUGAAGUGGAGAGGUUUUCCGAGGUGUUCUGCAGUGUGCAGAGACUGGUCCAGGCCUUCCUCAACCUCUACUCUGCGGGGAACAUGCUGUUCAGGACCUGGACCGCCGAGGUCUACUGCUCUCCCAGGAACGGCAUUUCCAUCCGGAUAGACUUUGACCUGGAGCUGGUGCUCCCCCUUUUGGGCAAUGGGGAUGUCGCUGAGCUGCUGGAAGGCAUCUGCAGGGAGAUGGAGUACUUUCUGGGCCAUUGGCAGAGAUUUGUGGCCCAGAAGCGUGAGGAGCACUUCUACCUCAAUUUCUAUACUGCGGAGCAGCUGGUUUACCUGAGCGCCGAGCUCAAGAAGCAGACCCCCAGCGAAGCUGCCCUGAUGAUGCUGUCCUUCAUCAAAGGCCACUGCACCCCAGAGGAUGUCAUCAGGGCCUCUGUGCGGCGUGAUGCUAAGGCCACUGGACAGCAUGUAGUGAAAGUGCUCGCAGAGUUAGCGCAGAGCUUCUUGCCUAAGGCCAGCCUGGUGUCCGAGCUGAGGGUCAUCAUGGAACAGUCGACAGAGUGGCUGAGUGCCUUCCUACCCGACUGCCUGGACCUGGAGGCCCUGGGCCACUGUCUAGCUCGCCUGGCAAGCAUGGGUGGGCCCCCCGUGGAGCGGUGCCUCCCACGAGGCUUACAGGCUGGCCGGCCCAACCUCGUUGUCUGCGGCCACUCGGAGGUGCUGCGGGCUGCCCUGGCCAUCUACAUGCAGGCCCCAGCCCAGCCCCUCCCCACCUAUGAGGAGGUACUGCUCUGUGGCCCGGAGACCACCCUUGAGGAGGUGGAGCUGCUCCUGCGCCGCUGCCUCAGCCCAGACUCCCCGGGGCACAAGGUCUACAGCCUGCUGUUCGCAGACCAGCUGGGCUAUGAAGCGGCCUGCCAGGUGGAGGUGCUCCUGCAGAGCCUGUGCACGCAGCGCCACCGGGAGGACUACCAGCUGGUAAUGGUAUGCGACUGUGAGCGUGAGCACUGCUACCUGCCCUCAGCCUUCAGCCAGCACAAGGUCCUCGUCACCCCCCAGGAACCCCUUGAAGCCAUCCGGGCCUACCUGGCAUGUCACUACCGGGUCCCAAAACAGUACCUGUCGGCAGCAACUGUGUUCAGGAACCACAUGUGUGUUGGGAUCGUGACCUCCAAGAGAGCUGGCGUUGGAAAGUCUCUCUAUGUGAAGAGAUUGCAUAGCAGACUGAAGAUAGCGUUAAAUAGCACGAAAGUGCCUCUGAAAACUAUACGACUGAUCGACCCUCACGUGGAUGACAGCCAAGUCCUGGGCUCCCUCUUGCCAUUCCUGGCCACACGAUAUCAAAAGAAACCCAUAAUAUUCCACGUGGAUGUGACCUCUUCAGUGCAGACUGGAAUUUCGGAGUUUCUUUUCAAACUCCUCAUUUUACAGUACUUAAUGGAUAUAAAUGGGAAAAUAUGGCUUCGGAAUCCGUGCCAUUUAUAUAUCAUUGAAAUCCUGGAAGAGAACUCAGUACGGCCAAGGAGGUCUUCAGCACCGGUCUGUAUGGGUACACGUGCCCCCCAGUUCAGUUUUCUUGACAUCUUCCCAAAAGUCACCUGCAGGCCUCCCAAAGAAGUGAUAGACAUGGAGCUGACGCCGAAAAGGAGCUACACGGGGCCUGGGAUGGACCACGCAGAAUUCUACAGUGAAACCUUCCAAAGACCUUACCAGUAUUUAAGACGAUUCCAUCAAAACCAAAACCUAGACAUGUUUCAGUACCAGGAAGGCUCCAUUGAAGGCACCCCGGAGGAAUGCCUUCAACAUUUCCUGAUUUACUGCGGGGUGAUAGACCCGUCCUGGUCAGAGCUUCGGAACUUUGCUCGGUUCUUGAAUUAUCAGCUCAGAGACUGUGAGGCCUCUCCCUUCUGCAAUCCCAAUGUUAUUGGAGAUACCCUGAGGGGCUUCAAGAACUUUGUGGUGACUUUCAUGAUCUUUAUGGCAAGAGAUUUUGCCACCCCAACACUUGACACCUGUGACCAGAGCCCAGGGAAGCACACAGUCACCAUGGAUGGGGUUAAGGAAGAAGAUUUAGCCCCUUUCUCUCUCCGAAAGAGGUGGGAGUCAGAGCCCCACCCAUACGUCUUCUUCAAUGGUGACCACACAUCCAUGACAUUCAUAGGUUUCCACCUGCAGCCCAAGAGAAACGGCAGUGUUGAUGCUGUCAGUCACCUGGAUGGGAAGGUGAUCAAGAGAAACAUCAUGACUGUGGACCUGUACAAGGGGCUCCUGCUUCAGAGGGUGCCCUUCAAUGUCGACUUUGACAAACUGCCCAGGCAUGAGAAGCUUGAAAGGCUGUGCCUGGCCUUAGGGAUCCAGUGGCCCAUGGACCCUGAUGAAACAUACGAGCUUACAACAGACAACAUGCUUAAGAUCCUCGCCAUUGAAAUGCGGUUCCGGUGUGGGAUCCCAGUUAUCAUCAUGGGGGAAACCGGCUGUGGGAAAACCAGGCUCAUUAAAUUCCUCAGUGACCUGCGUCGCGGGGGGAAUCCUGCGGGAACUCUGAGGUUGGUCAAAGUCCACGGGGGAACCACUGCAGACAUGAUCUACUCCAAGGUCAGGGAGGCUGAGCACAUCGCCUUCAUCAAUAAGUCCAAACACAGGCUGGACACCAUUUUGUUCUUUGAUGAAGCCAAUACAACAGAAGCCAUAAGCUGUAUCAAAGAAGUCCUGUGUGAUCGCAUGGUGGACGGCCAGCCCCUGGCUAAGAACUCUGGCUUGCACGUCAUAGCCGCCUGCAACCCCUACCGGAAGCACUCAGAGGAGGCGAUCCGUCGUUUGGAGUCUGCUGGUCUGGGCUACCGGGUCCGGGCAGAGGAGACGGCAGACAGGCUGGGCUCUAUCCCCCUGAGGCAGCUAGUGUAUCGCGUCCACGCUCUGCCCCCGAGCCUGAUUCCUCUGGUGUGGGACUUUGGACAGCUGAGUGACACUGCUGAGAAGCUCUACAUCCAGCAGAUCGUCCACAGACUGGUCGACUCUGUCCACCUAGACCCAGAAGAGACUUGUGUGAUCACAGAAGUGCUUUCUGCCUCUCAGGGUUUCAUGAGGAAAAGGAAAAAUGAGUGUAGCUUUGUCAGCCUCAGGGACGUGGAGCGCUGUGUGAAAGUUUUCAAAUGGUUUUACGACCACAGUGAGAUGCUUUUAUUAAAACUGAAUCCCUUGGUCUGCGAGUCCAACGCCAGCACAAGUCACGUUGAGAGAGACCCAGUCCUCUGGUCCCUGGUGCUGGCCAUUGGCGUGUGUUAUCACGCCUCUUUAGAAAAGAAAGACUCGUAUCGCAAAGCCAUUUGCAGGUGCCUUCCAGAACCCUAUAAUGACAGUAAGAUUAUUCUGGAUGAAAUAACUCGAACACAGGAUCUUUUUCUGAAUGAUGUACCUCUGAGGACAACCAUCGCCAAGAACUUGGCUCUGAAGGAGAAUGUCUUCAUGAUGGUUAUCUGCAUUGAGCUUAAGAUUCCUCUCUUUCUGGUGGGGAAGCCUGGCAGUUCCAAAUCUCUUGCCAAGACCAUUGUGGCAGACGCCAUGCAAGGCCAGGCUGCUCACUCUGAUCUCUUCCGGAACCUGAAGCAGGUCCAUCUGGUGUCGUUCCAGUGCAGCCCACAUUCCACUCCCCAAGGCAUCAUCGGCACCUUCAAGCAGUGUGCCCGCUUUCAACAGGGGCGGGACCUGCAGCAGUACGUCUCUGUGGUGGUGCUAGAUGAGGUUGGACUGGCGGAAGACUCACCUAAAAUGCCCCUCAAGGCUCUGCACCCACUGCUGGAAGAUGGGUGCAUUGAAGACGAUCCUGCCCCUCACAAAAAAGUUGGCUUUGUGGGCAUUUCCAACUGGGCUCUUGACCCUGCCAAGAUGAACCGGGGUAUCUUUGUGUCACGCGGCAGUCCCAGCCAAAAGGAGCUCAUAGAGAGCGCCAAGGGGAUCUGCUCUUCAGACGGCCUUGUUCAAGACAGAAUCCGAGGGUACUUUGCUUCCUUUGCCAGAGCCUAUGAGACGGUGUGUAAGAGCCAAGACAGGGAGUUCUUUGGACUUCGUGACUACUACAGCCUCAUCAAAAUGGUCUUCACCACGGCAAAGGCUUCUAAUAGAAAGCCUUCCCCACACGACAUCGCACGGGCUGUUCUGUGCAACUUCAGUGGCAAAGACGACAUCCCUGCUUUGGAGAUUUUUACAGCCUGCCUGCCCGAGGCGAAGUGCUCAGAAGAAGUCAGCACCAUGCAGUUGAUCAAACAGAACAUUUACGGGGCUCCGCAGAGGGUGCCAGGCAGAGAGCUGGAAGAUGCUGAGUCCCGCUACUUACUCGUGCUGACCAAGAACUACGUGGCCCUGCAGAUCCUGCAGCAGACGCUCUUCAGUGCGGACCAGCAGCCAGAGAUUAUUUUUGGUUCCAGUUUUCCCAAGGACCAAGAGUACACCCAGAUCUGCAGAAAUAUCAACCGAGUGAAAAUCUGCAUGGAAACAGGCAAGAUGGUGGUGCUGCUCAACCUGCAGAACCUCUACGAGAGCCUCUACGACGCGCUCAACCAGUACUACGUCUACCUCGGGGGCCAGAAGUACGUGGACCUCGGUCUGGGGACCCAUCGUGUUAAAUGUCGGGUUCACCCAGACUUCCGCUUGAUAGUCAUUGAAGAGAAAGACGUUGUGUACAGACACUUCCCCAUCCCCCUCAUCAACCGGCUGGAGAAGCACUAUCUGGACCUCAACACAGUGCUGGAGAAGUGGCAGAAGAGCAUCGUGGAAGAGCUCCAGAAGUGGGUGGAGAAGUUCAUCCACGUGAAUGAAGAGCCGUUCUUAGCCAGACACAAGUACAGCCCUUCUGACGUCUUCAUCGGCUACCACUCUGACACCUGUGCCUCUGUGGUGCUGCAGGUCACGGAUCGGCAGGGCCCCAGGGAUCUGACUGAGGAGCUUUACCAGAAGGUGUCCGAGGAGGCCAAGUUGACCCUGCUGGACUGUGCCACUCCUGAUGCCGUGGUCCGGCUAAGCACCUCUUCAAUGGGCUUGUUCGCAGCACAGUCACUGUCACAGGAAUACUACCAUGCACAACAGCAUGACUCCUUUGCAGAUUUCCUCCAGGCUCACCUUGGCAAGAUAGAUCUGGAGCGCCAUGCCACCUUCGCAGAGGUCACCACUUUCUCUAGACUGCUGACAAGUCACGACUGUCAAACUUUAGAAUCAGAGGUGGCAGGCAGGGCUCAGAAACCCACCAUCCUGUGGCUGCAGCAGUUUGACACCGAGUACUCCUUCCUCAGAGAAGUCCGAAACUGCUUAACUAGUACAGCCAGAUGUAAAAUCCUCAUUAUUCAGGCAGAUUUUGAAGAUGGAGGCCACAGUGCUCAGCUCAUUGCUUCGGCUAGGUAUUCUGCUGUAAAUGAAAUCAACAAAAUAGAAGGAAAUGGGGGCUGUGUCUUAGUCUAUUUUAUCACAAAACUGUCCCGGAUGGGAAACGGAGCAUCCUAUGUGGGAUUCCAUGGAGGCCUGUGGCAGUCUGUGCACAUUGACGACCUCCGGAGAUCCACUGUCAUGGUUUCAGAUGUGACCAAGCUGCAGAGUGUCACCAUCAGCCAGCUGUUCAAGCCAGGGGACGAGCCUAAGCUGGUGAUAGGAUGCGGGGCAGGAGACGCCCCAGAGGAGGCGAUGGAAACAGAGCCCAGCAAACUGGGGGAAGUGGCUGAGGUAGACAUGGAGACAGAAAGUUCCCAGGAGAUACAGGAUGAAACCUCUGAGAUGGGAGGCAGUGAGGUGCAGAUCCUGGACACCACAAGCCUGCUGAGGAGCUGCGUGCAGAGUGCCGUGGGGAUGCUCAGGGAUCGCAGUGAGAGCUGCAGGCGCAACAUGAGGAGAGUGGAGGUUCUUCUCAGCCUCCUAGAUGAAGGCGACGCGCGCUGCGCAUCUUUCCUGCAGGUAUCCAAGAUGCGCCUCCAUGAUCUUUUGAAGAAGCAGGAAGAGAACCACCCGCACAGUCUGAUGGGCUGGGUCGUGAGGGAAGCUUCCAAUCAGGAUGCCCUGCAGGAGGCGGGCACUUUCAGGCAAACACUUUGGAAGCGAGUGCAGGGUGCUGUCACCCCUCUGCUGGCGAGUAUGAUAUCCUUCAUCGACAGAGAUGGAAACCUCGAACUACUGGCCAGGCCGGAUUCUCCGUCCUGGACAAGAGAUCUUUGGAUGUUUAUUUUCAGAGACAUUAAGUUUCUAAACAUUCCUCUUGUGACUAAUAACGCAAGACCCCAGAGUGAGAUGUCCUCCAUUCUGGUGCAGAACUACAUGAACCUUUCGGAGAAUGCGUCCAACAUCGUCCCAUUCAGCUGGAGGAUCAAGGACUAUCUGGAAGAGCUGUGGGCACAGGCUCAGUACAUCACCGACACCGAGGGGCUGUCAGGAAAGUUACUGGACAUCUUCCAGCGGACUCCGCUGGGCAGCUUUCUCGCCCAGCUCCGUGAGGAGCAACAGCAGGACCUUCUGCAGGGCUACUCCCAGGAUUUUCUCCUCUUGACCAUGAGUGUGUCUACUGGGGAGGAAUUAAAGUUUCUGCAGAUGGCUCUGUGGUCCUGCAUCAGUGAACUAAAGGCGGCGUCAGGACGGUCAGAGGAAGGGACCUCCUUGCCAUGGGUGCACCUUGCCUAUCAGCACUUCAAGAGCCGGCUGCAGAACUUGUCCAGAAUCCUGGCUAUCCAUCCGCACAUUCUGCAGAGCCUGGCAGAAGCAACGCAGAGCCAUGAGCUGGCUGGCUGUGAAAUGACCCUGGAUGCAUUUGCAGCAGUGGCCUGUGUUGAAAUGCUGACAAGAGACGCCCUGAAGCCCAGCCCCCAGGCCUGGCUGCAGCUGGUGAAGAACCUCUCUAUGCCGCUGCAGCUCAUCUGUUCAGACACGCACAUGCAGGGCAGUGGGAGGCGGGCCAAAGCCGCCAUCGUGGGCGUCAGGACCCAGUGGAACCGGAUUUUGUCUGUUGCGCUCUUUGUGGAGCAUGUGCUCCUGGGGACUGAGAGCCAGAUCCCAGAGUUAAGCAGCCUGGUGACCAAGUAUGUCUUCUUACUAGACAAGUGUCUUCAGGAGAACUCUGACAUCAAGACCCACAGGCCUUUUGUGGCUGUGAUGAACACUCUUUGUAAAUGUAAGGACACAGCCAGCAAGACCUUCGCCAGGUUUGGGAUCCAGCCGUGCCCCAUCUGCCUGGGAGAUGCGCAGGACCCCGUCUGCCUGCCCUGCGACCACGUCUACUGCCUGCCUUGCAUCCGAGCCUGGCUGGCCCCCGGGCAGAUGAUGUGCCCCUACUGUCUAACCGACCUUCCAGACACAUUCUCCCUGACCACUUCCCAGGAGCACAGGAAAGCCAUCGAGAAGCAUGCCCAGUUCCGGCAGAUGUGCAACAGCUUCUUUGUAGACCUGGUUUCCACCAUGUGCUUCAAAGAUAACACCCCGCCGGAGAAGCCAGUGAUCGACAGCCUGCUGUCACUACUCUUUGUGCAAAAGGAACUCCUCAGACACACUCCUCAGAGACAACGUGAACACACAAAAUCUCUCUCUCCAUUUGAUGAUAUCGUUGAUAAGACGCCUGUCAUCCGCUCGGUGGUACUGAAACUGCUUUUGAAGUACAGCUUCAAGGAAGUAAAAGAUUAUAUUCAGGAUUACUUGUUCCUGUUAAAAAAUAAAGCAUUCAUAAUUGAAGAUAAAACUGAGCUGUACAUGCUCUUUAUCAGCUGUCUGGAGGAUUCACUACAUGAGAAAACCAGUGCUUGCUCCAGAAGUGAUGAGCUGAAGUACCUGAGAGAGCAGAGGUGCUUCCUGGAGAUGUCCUCUGCAGAGAGGCGCGGCCAGGAGCCAGCCCGUGAGGCCUCGGUGGAGUACCUGCAGGAGAUCGCCAGCAUCCGCCUCUGCCUGGACAGGGCGUGUGACUUCCUCUCAGAGCCUCAGGGGGGGCCAGAGAUGGCCAAGGAGAGGAGGCGCUAUCUGCAGCAAGUUGAGCGCUUCUGUGCCCGCAUUGGGAAUGACUGGUACCGCGUUUACCUGGUGAGGAAGCUGGCGAGCCAGCGAGGAAUGGAGUUCGUGCAGGGCCUCUCCAGACCGGGCCACCCAUGCCAGUGGGUGUUUCCCAGGGAAGUCAUCGCCCAGCAGAAGGACCACCCAGGCCAGAUAGAUCGAUACCUGGUGUACGGAGAGGAAUACAAGGCUCUUCGUGAUGCCACAGCCAAAGCCAUCCUCGAAUCAAACCCCCUGUGCAUCGUGACUGCCCUGAAGGCCUGCAGGGGACCUAGAACUCACCAGGCAGUGCACUUUCUGCUAGCACUUUUCAAAGAGGUGGCUAUUCUGUACAGAUCCCCCAAUGCAAACCUCCAUCCGAAGCCAGAGCAACGUAAGGCAGUGAACACAUUCAUUGAGGAGUGCAAGAUCUUCUCUCCCGACAUCAGACACUUUGCAGCAUCCCUUGUGGACAACACUCUGCCACUGCUGAGCAUGGGCCCCAGUGAUAGCAGCCUCGAAGGAGCAGUGACAGAAAUAGCCAUUCACACUGCAGCGAUCCUUCUGUGCACACAGAACCAAGUCACAGGGCCCCUGAAGAACCUGGCUUUCUCCCCAGCCAACAUGGUGAAAGCUUUUCUCCCAACAAUGCCCGAAGACUUGCUGGCUCAAGCUAGGAACUGGAAGGGUCUGGAAGGAGUCUACUGGUACACUUGUCCUAACGGCCAUCCUUGCUCUGUUGGAGAGUGCGGCAGGCCAAUGGAACAGAGCGUCUGUGUUGACUGUGGUGCUCCAAUCGGGGGUAUUAAUCACAGACCUGACCGUGGCUUUCGUGCUAUCACAAACAUCACAGACACUACUCAGACUGGUCACGUGCUGGGUGACGCACAACACAGAGGGGUGGCGGUGGUGCCUGACCGAGAGCUGUCUCCGGUGGUCUUCACUCUCAUCCGGUUACUCACUCAUUUGGCUAUGCUUCUGGGAGCUGCCCGAGACCAACAGGCUCUGAAAAACAUUAUUAAGCCUCAAGUGAGGGACCCAAAGGGAUUUCUGCAGCAGCACAUCCAGAGAGACUUGGAGCAGCUGACCAGGAUGCUGGGCAGGAGCACCGACGAGACCAUCACCGUGGCCCACCUCACCCUGCGCAGCCUCCUCCUGGAGCAGCCCCACCUCUCUGGCCAGAGGCUUUUAUAUUUUGAUGCAAAACUAUCAACCAAAGAAAUGAGAAACAGCUGGGAAAAACAAAUUGCAGCUAUUAUUUUACCUGAACUGCAGCAUCUAGAUAAAACCCUUCUGACUGUGAACACUCUAAUCAGCCAAGAUGAGCGCAUCAGCUCUGACCCUGUGGCCAAGAUCAUAUAUGGUGACCCAGCGACCUUCCUGCCCCACCUGCCUCGGACAAGUGAAGUCCAUUGCUCUAAGAUUUGGAACUGCAGAAAAAGGAUCACAGUUGAGUACCUCCAGCACAUUGUGGAGCAGAAAAAUGGCAAAGAAACAGUGCCUGUCCUCUGGCAGUUCCUACAGAAGGAAGCAGAACUGGGACUGGUGAAGUUCUUGCCUGAGAUUUUGGCUUUGCAAAGGGAUCUAGUGAAACAAUUCCAGAACGUCUCCCAAGUGGAGUACAGCUCCAUCAGAAGCUUUAUCAGCAGCCACAACUCAGAUGGGUUGAGACAGUUAUUUCGAAACAGAAUCACUAUCUUUCUGUCCACGUGGAACAAGCUGAGGAGAUCACUAGAGACCAAAGGUGAAAUCAAGCUACCUAGAGACUACUGCAGUACUGACUUGGAUCUGGACACUGAUUUCGAGGUUGUCCUGCCACGGCACCGAGGCCUGGGCCUCUGCUCUACUGCCUUAGUUAGGUACCUGAUUAACCUACACAAUGAAAUUGUCUACACAGUGGAAAAGUUCUCCCAGGAAAGCAGCAGCUAUUCUGUGGACGCCUCUGAGGUCACCGACCUGCAUGUCAUCAGUUACGAUGUGGAGCAGGACCUGACCCCGCUGAUUCUGUCCAACUGCCAGUAUCAGGUGGAGCAAGGUGGAGAGACCGUGCAGGAGGUCGACCUGCAUAAGAUCCAGCGGCAGGUCACCAGCCGCUUCCUCCAGGGCAAGCCCAGGCUCACCCUCAAGGGAAUACCCACUCUGGUAUACAGACAUGACUGGAACUACGAACAUCUCUUUGUGGACAUCAAGCACAAAAUGGCACAGAGCUCUCUCACCAAAUCUGCCAUCAGCACCAUCAGCGGACAGCUGCAGUCCUACAGUGACACCUGUGAAGCUCUGUCUAUCGUAGAAGUCACUCUGGGAUUUCUGAGCACAGGGGGUGGGGAGGCCGACAUGCACUUGAAGGUGUUCGUCCAAGACAUCUUGCGAAUGGGUGAUCAGACGGCUCUUGUGCUAAAGGCCUUAAAUAGGUGUCAGUUAAAACACACCAUCGCCCUCUGGCAGCUCCUGUCUGCUCAUAAGUCGGAACAGCUGCUGCGACUGAGAAAAGAGCCAUUUAGGGAAAUCAGUUCAAGGUACAAAAUGGAUCUCAGCCCAGAAAAUGCUAAGCUGCUCAGCACUUUCCUGAAUCAGAUCAGCCUAGACGCCUUUCUGCUUGAACUCCAUGAAAUGAUGGUCUUGAAACUGAAGAACCCCCAAACCGAGGGGAGUUUCAACCCCGAGUGGAGCCUGAGAGAAACUCUGGUAAGUUACAUGGAAACUAAAGACAGUGAAAUUCUUCCUGAAAUGGAAACCGAGUUCCCGGAAGAGAUACCGCUCUCUAAUUGCGUCUCUGUGUGGAAAAUGGCUGCUGACCUGAAACAGGAGCGACACGCUAGGUAGAAUUACUUCCUCAGCGCUGUCUUUGGAGCCUCAUGAGAAGUCCCUUUUCUGCUCACCCUUGGCCCAGACUCCAUCACUGCCCACUGCCUUUGUAAGAGGAGCUUCUGGCAUGGCACCAAAUUCAAGACCAAGAUGUGCCAUGGGAGCUGACAGCUUUUUGAAAGCUGACCUCCUUUUGAACUGUGUGUCUAUUCAAAACUUUGUCAUCAUACUUUGAAAACAGUUCAUUAGGAGAUGUCAACGAACUACAUGAAAUUGGAAAUAAACCACCAUCAUUUAUAUUCCAGGAGGGACAAAGUAGCAGUCCGCCUCAGGGACAGGAUGGCCUAUGUGUGGUGCUCCCCCAGCCACAGAUCCCUCCUCAGACGGCUGCAAAGCUGGGGCGUGAGGAAUACAGGAUCAUUAAUUAAAUUUUGCUGUCAUCUUUUUUCUACAGCAUUCUGUACUUAUAGAAAAUAAUCUGGUUUUCUUCUUUCUUCCAUAAAUUCUGAGUAUUUUUGGGUUUCCAAGAUAGGAAAAAGUAAUAGACUCUUUUUUGUCUUUUCACACAAAUACAAGAAGAAUCAGGGCAUUCUGUGAGUGCCUUAAGACCAAACUAACCAACUCUGACCAGACCUGCAUGAGUCACUGCCAAAUCUCAGAGGGCAAGAACCAAAAAGCUUGCACUGUGAAGAGCACUGCACUGGGAGUCAGAGACAUAUGGGGUCUUAGUUUCCUAGGCACAAAAUGAAGAGUGUGGAUAGAUGGCCAAAGGUCUGUGUCAAGUUCAUUAUGUAAACAUGAAUCAAAGGCAUACUUUUAGCAAUUAUGUGGAGUUUUUUUAUUGUAUUUAACAUGGCCUAAGACAACUCUUCUUCCAGUGUGUGACAGGAAAAAGAAAGGUUGGACAUCUUGAACUAGGCCUUUAUUUGGGUCUCAGCAGCCAAAGUACAAAACCAGUUAAAUUUCUUAAAGAGGAAAAAAGAAAACAGUCAACUAGCCCUGAUCGUGUACUGAUUUUCUCAUUCUUUUUCUUUUUUUCCAAAGAUCUACUUUAGUACUUACGACUCUAGACUAAUUCAUUUUCCUAGGUGGGUCAUUAGCCACUUGAAUUGAGGUCAGAACAGCAACUGUUUGCAAAACAGAAGCAAUGUUCUUAAUACACAUUUUAAACGAUCCUCAAUCAUCUUGAAAUUGAGCCCAGGGAGAGCCACAAAAAUUCAAAAUGUUUGUCCAGAACAUAGCUGUGCACACCUGAGCACCACAGGCGGGAGAUGCAGAAGGACUGAAGCCAUUUCCAUCUCGUUGACACUCUCUGCAGUGUUUGAGUGGCAGAGACUCACUUCAUACAGAAGCCACUUGCACUUAGUCGACUGUGAUUGUUUCACCACUCCAAACUAUGCAGAGCCACUCCCCGCAGACGGCUGCAUCCUGGCCGGCUACAGGAUACAUGUGAAGAGUUAGGGGGUGGCUUGUUUUUAAACUCUUCAACCUAUACUUGGAACUCCUUUGAUACCUCAGAGCUGGGUUGCAGCUCACACCCACAGUUUCUCACUGUGCCAGGUUUCCCCCUUUGGCCUGGGGGUUUUCUCUCACUUUUCUUAAAAGUGUUUAAUUUUAAUUAAGAUGUUUCAUUUUGUAUGUUACGCUUCAAAGCCUUAACUGUCAUAUCUAGCAUUAUGUUCUCUAGAAAAAUACACUCGCCUAGCACAUGCAAAAGUAAAUUUUAUUAUACUUGUCAUAUCUGUUUUAAUAAACUUGAGUUUUACUGAGAAACCCUUCUCUUUGGAGGCAGAGUUCCUACUCAUGGCACAUGAACAUCAACUAGGCUUUUGGAUAGUUUCAGUCUUUGGUGGAAAUUUAUUGCCGAAGUAUCUACGAUGUGGUAUGUUCUGGUUUAGAAUGUGAAGUGGUGGUGCUCGCUUCAGCAGCACAUAUACUAAAAUUAGAAUGUGAAGUGGUAAAAUUUUCCUCUGGACAAAAGGACAGGAGAGUCUGUGAGUCCACGGUGGAGUUUAGCAUCACUCCUCAUGGCCAUUGUCAGCCUUAAAAGCCAACGAGUGCAUCCUUCCAGGCUGACAGCUGACUGUCAGUGCGUUGGGCUGUGGGUGGCAGACUCCUUGUCACAGAAAACAAAGGUAGUGAGAGUAGUGGGCUGCUGGAGGCUUACUACUUGUGUCUGGGUGGUAAAAAUGCCACCAUAAACUGCAUUGGAAAACUGCAUUGUCUCUUCCAAAAAGGAAAGCUUUUCUAGGAGAGAAACCUGUGGCCUAGAAGUGCAGCAGGGAGAUGAGCCCUGUCUGCCCUGCCACCAAAUGCCUCCUCACCCCAUGGUUUCUGUUCCAAACCCCAGCCAGUAAUUUGUUGCAUACUAUCCACGUGCAUUUAGUCAACUUUGCCUGAUCUGCAACCCUCCCAGCUCCCGCUCACACCCACUGUCUGGACAUUUCCCUCUGGUGCUUUUUCCUUUCAGUGCUAUGCUAAUGGUGACUUACCUCAAAGUCUUCACAACUGAUCAUUGUCCCCUUGAAGACUCUGUUGUAUGUACAAAUUAUAUACCUUUCUUUAAUGGU